CAACUGUGCCCAGUGAGAUCCAUAUAUGGUCCAGCAACUACCGCUGCCCCGUCGUCUCCGGUCGCUUCUACCCUCCCUCUCUCUCUAGAAUAGCGGGUUGCUGCAAGGAGAGGGUAGGAGGGGAGAGAGAGAGUUGCUGCCGUCCCGGUCGGCGAGAAGCGGCAUUGUCGUCGUUGGGCCAAGAGCAAGAACCAAGAAGAGAAGAGAAGAGGAGGAGGAGGGAGGCGAGGAAGAAGGAGAGCAAGAGGCACUGGAAAGGCGUCUCCUUUGCCUCUAGCCGCUUCCUCUUUCUCCUCCUUGGAGGGAGAGAGAGAGAGAGAAGUGGGAGAGGAGAUGGGCGAGAUGGUCUUGGCCGGGUACGGCACGGACAAGGCGGUGAGGAGCAGCGUCAGCUUCGAGACGCCGUGCGGCAGGCUGCUGCGCGAGCUUGAGCAAAUAUGGACUGAGAUUGGGGAGCGUGAAGAAGAUAAAGAUCGCAUGUUCUUAGAACUUGAAACAGAGUGCAUGCGUGUGUACCGUCGGAAGGUUGAUAGUGCCAAUGCUGAGAGAUCCCAGCUCCGUCAAUCAUUGAUGGCCAAAGAAGCAGAGCUUAAAGUUUUAGUGGCUUCAAUAGGUGAAAGUACCCCAAAAUUUAAGGUGGAUGAAAAACAAUCAUUGAAAGAUCAACUUGCCAAAGUGACGCCGCUAUUGGAUGAUCUCAGGUCAAAGAAAGAAGAAAGAAUAAAACAAUUCUCACUUUUGCAGUCUCAAAUUGAGAAGAUAAAGGCACAAAUUUCAGAUCACAAUAAUCAGGAUGACAUUGGCCCAGUCAAUCAUUCCAAGGACGAUCAUGAUUUGUCAACCAGAAGGCUUUCUGAUCUUCAAGUGGAGCUUCGCAAUUUACAGAAAGAGAAGUCUGACCGUCUUCAGAAGGUCUUCAUAUAUGUCGAUGAAGUGCACUGCCUAUGCUCUGUGCUUGGGAUGGAUUUUGCAAACACAGUUAAAGACGUGCAUCCAAGUUUGCAUGGGGCCAACUCAGAAAAUUCAACGAAUAUCAGUGAUAGCACCCUUGAAGGUCUUACUCAGACCAUCCUUAAACUCAAAGCGGAAAAGAGGACUAGAGUUUCAAAGUUGCAAGAAAUCGUCGAAAAGCUCCACAAGUUAUGGAAUUUGAUGGAGUCAACUGAACAAGAGAGGAGACAAUUUGCCAAAGUAGCUGGUGUUCUUGGAUCUACUGAGGAAGAGAUCACUUCUCCUAAUAUCCUGUCAUUGGAGACAAUUCAGGAGACAGAAGAGGAAGUUGAGAGACUAACUAAACAAAAAGCAAGUAGAAUGAAGGAGCUUGUUCUUAAGAAAAGGUUAGAACUAGAAGACAUCUGCAGUAAUGCGCAUAUGGAGCCUGACAUGAGCACGGCACCUGAGAAGAUAAUUGCAUUGAUUGAUUCUGGUCUAGUGGAUCCUUGUGAACUUCUUUCCAGCAUUGAAACACAGAUAGCAAAAGCAAGGGAGGAAUCCCUAACUAGGAAAGAUAUCAUGGAGAGAGUAGACAGGUGGCUCUCAGCUUGUGACGAAGAAACCUGGCUUGAGGAAUAUAACCAGGAUAGUAGCAGGUAUAGUGCUGGUAGGGGUGCCCAUAUAAAUCUCAAGCGUGCAGAGAAGGCAAGGAUACUUGUUCAGAAAAUACCAUCAAUGAUUGACAAUUUGAUAGCCAAAACAUUUGCGUGGGAGGAUGAAAGAAACUUGCCAUUUUUAUAUGAUGGGGCCCGUCUUGUUGCCAUUUUGGAAGAGCAAAAACUCAGAAGGGUACAAAAGGAGGAAGACAAGAGACGGCACCGGGACCAGAAGAAACUGCAAAGCUUGUUGCUUAAGGAGAAGGAGCUGAUUUUUGGUUCCAAGCCUAGUCCAAAAAAGACAAGCAGCUUUAAUAGGAGGACGAGUAGCCAUCACCCAAAUGGAAAUGGAGCUGGGUUCAUGACCCCAGCCCCCCGUAGAGUUUCUGCAGGCAGUGCCACUCCUGAGCUUCUAACCCCACGCUCAUAUUCUGGACGCUACAAUAACUACUUUAAAGAGAACAGGAGGCUGACUGCCGCACCACUGAACUUCUCGACGGUUUCGAAGGAAGAUAGCAUGUCAUCCUUUGCCUCCAUUAGCGGCUCAGAACCUGAUUCUCCAUUGGUUUUGCACUGAGAUCUUAUCGUUUGAUUGGAUGUUUAUGAGAAUUUGUCACAAUUGAUCUUUUGAGGUUCUGAUAAUCCUGAUUUCCAAAUGCCCGCAUUUCUGGUUAGGGGGGAAAGACUUUCUGUGCAAGAAGGAUGACAGUGAAGACUUUAUGGUGGUUGGCCAUUGUGUGUUAACUGUUGACAUUGCUAAUGAGUGACGACAGAUUGUGACAGGAUUUAGAUAAGAUUUGCCUGUAGAUAUAUGACCUAACAUCUGUGGUGGUGCUGUACUUAAUUUACGUGGAUUGAUCACUGGGUUGGUUAGGAAGCAUGCUAAGUUGUGCAUUCUAUUCAUUUUGUGGUAUUCUUUUUUUGGAGUUAUGUAUUUAGCUAUGUAUCAUUGUUUUGCAUGUGAAAAGGAGGUUGGUGUUGAUUUUCAGUCCAA